AUGGCGGCGGAAGAUACAUGUCCCGUGCCAGGCGCCGCGUCCAACGGCGCAGCAUCCGCGCCCCCAUCAGCAUGUCCAGACACUUUAGGGGAGCCAGCUGGCGCUCGUGCGCCGUAUGAUUGCGGCGUACGCCUAAGCGCGCCGAGCAGCUUGGCGGCGCAGCAGGGCGGGCGCGUGGCGGGGGGAAACGAGGAGGCGGUGACGGCGGGGUCGGUGCACCGUGCCAUUGUGCGACACGCGCACUGCUCGCUCGCGUGCGGCGAUCGCGACAACCUGUCGCCGGGCGACGUUUACCGCGCGGCUGCGAUGAGCGUGCGAGACCACCUGAUCGCGCGGAUGGAUGCGACGGAACGCGCUUACGACGACGCGGGGUGCAAGCGGGUGUACUAUCUAUCAAUGGAGUACCUUAUAGGGCGGAUGCUGCAGCUGGCAGUCACAUGCCUCGGCCUCGAUGAGCAGUACAGCGCAGCGCUGCAGCAGCUGGGGGUGAGCAUGGAGGAGGCGGCAGAGGAGGAGCGCGACCCGGCGCUGGGCAAUGGCGGGCUGGGCCGCCUUGCUGCAUGCUUCCUUGACUCCCUCACCACUCUCAACCUCCCCGCCUGGGGCUACGGGGUGAGGUACCGCUACGGCAUGUUUGAGCAGCGGGUGGCGGCGUUGAGGCAGCAGGAGGCGCCAGACGCGUGGCUGCACCCGUGGGGGUGCCCCUGGGAGAUCCCGCGCCCCCACGUGCGCCACCCCGUGCGCUUCUUUGGCCACGUGGCGGUGCGUGUGGAGGGCACGCGCACGCGGUACCGGUGGGAGGGCGGCGAGCAGGUGGAGGCGGUGGCGAGCGACAUCCCCGUGCCGGGCUUUAAGACCGCCUCCGUCAACCGCCUCCGCCUCUGGCGCUGCGAGCCGCUUUCGGGCGGCUUCGACUUAUCCUUAUUCAACGCGGGGCGGCACGUGGAGGCGGUGGGCGGGGCGGCGAGGGCGGAGGCGAUCAGUGCGGUGCUGUACCCCGAGGACAGCAGCGAGGCGGGCAGACAGCUGCGCCUGCAGCAGGAAUACUUCUUCGUCUCCGCCACACUGCAGGACAUAAUAUCACGGCACGUGGCGGCAGGCCGACCGCUGUCAUCCCUGCCGGAGGCAGCAGCAGUGCAGCUGAACGACACGCACCCAGCUUUAGCGGUCCCCGAGGCCAUGCGCCUACUGCUGGACGAGCAUGGGCUGGAGUGGGGCGACGCCUGGCACGCCACGGUGGCGCUGCUGGCAUUCACCAACCACACCGUGCUGCCCGAGGCGCUCGAACGCUGGCCCGUGCCGCUGCUGCAGACCGUGCUGCCUCGAGUCAUGGAUCUCAUAUUUGAGAUCAACCACCGGCACCUGCAGGAGGUGGAGGCGAGGUGCAUGGGGGAGGGGCAGCGCAUGGCACGGCUGUCGAUCAUCGAGGAGAGUCACCCCAAGAUGGUGCGCAUGGCGGUGCUGGCAGCCGUUGGAUCGCACGCCAUCAACGGUGUAGCGGAGCUGCACUCCACGCUGCUGCGCACGCAGCUGUUCCCCGACUUUGUUGACCUCUUCCCCACGCGCUUCCACAACAAGACAAACGGCGUCACCCCGCGCCGCUGGCUGCUGCUCGCCAACCCGCGGCUCUCGCAGGUGAUCACGAAAUGGCUAGGCUCGGACGAGUGGGUGCGCGACCUCUCCCUCAUCCAGGGCCUGCGAGCGCACGCUAACUCGCCCGCGCUGCAUGCUGACUGGACCGCUGCCAAGGUGGCCAAUAAGGAGCGGCUCGCGGUGUAUAUUCGCAAGACGUGUGGCGUGCAGGUGGAUAGCAGUGCGCUGUUUGACUGCCAUGCGAAGCGCAUCCACGAGUACAAGCGGCAGCUGCUCAACAUCCUGGGGGUCAUUCACCGCUACAACAGCAUCAAGUGCAGCAGCUUUGAGGAGAGGGCGCGCAUGGUGCCACGGGUGGUGGUCAUUGCGGGCAAGGCAGCGCCGGGCUACUUCCGGGCCAAAUGCGUCAUCCACCUCAUCAACGCGGUGGCACAGAGAGUGAACAGCGACGCGGACAUCAGCGGCUUGCUCAAAGUGGUCUUCCUGCCCAACUACAGCGUCUCGCUCGCGCAGCUGAUAGUGCCAGCGAGUGACAUAUCGCAGCACAUAUCAACGGCGGGCAUGGAGGCGUCAGGCACGAGCAACAUGAAGUUUGCGCUCAACGGGGGGCUGCUGCUCGGCACCAUGGACGGCGCCACCAUUGAGAUCGCCAACGCCAUUGGGCGUGAGAACGUGUUUGUCUUCGGUGCGCUGGCUCACGAGACGCACUCGCUGCGCCACUCGCUGCGCUUCCGCCAGCCCAUCCACGACGACCGCCUCGUUCAGGUGGUGCGCACGAUCGAGGCGGGGGUGUUUGGGCCGGCGGACGACUUUCGUCCGCUUUUGGAGUCGCUGGGCGGCGGCAAUGAUUACUUCCUGCUCUCCCACGACUGGCCCUCCUACCUCGACGCCCAGGUGCCACCUUCCCCAGCAUUCAGUGGACACGCUCUUCCUCAACCCCACAGAGUGGUGUCGCCGCUCCAUUGCCCGCAUGGCCCGUACGGUCGAAUUCAGAACGCACACUCGUUCCACGCACCCAGACAGCAGCAGCAACAGCAGCAACAACAGCAGCAGUCACAGCAACUGCAGCAGCAGCAGCAGUCGGGAUUCUCUAACGGUCAGUUGCAGGCGCCGUUCGGAUGCCAGUCCGCCCCCACCUCUCCGUCCAAGCCGCCGCCCUUCGCGCGGCGAGCAGGCAGCGCCGACGCCGGCUCGAUAGCGUCGGACGCGGGCAGCGCGUACGCUGAGAGCUCCGCGUCGGGCGACGACGACGGGAGCGCGGGGUGGAGCAUGGCGGGCGAGGAGGGCAAGUCGAACGACGCGUUCCACGUCAUCCACAAGGUCCCCGUCGGCGACUCGCCAUACGUCCGCGCGAAACACGUUCAGCUGGUGGACAAGGACCCGGUUCGCGCGAUCGCGCUGUUCUGGUCGGCGAUCAACGCGGGCGACCGCGUGGACAGCGCGCUCAAGGACAUGGCGAUCGUCAUGAAGCAGCAGAACCGCCCCGAGGAGGCCAUCGAGGCCAUCCGCUCGCUGCGCCACAAGUGCUCCGAGGUGGCGCAGGAGUCGCUGGACAACGUGCUGCUCGACCUCUUCAAGCGCUGCGGGCGCCUCGACGACCAGGUGGCGCUGCUCAAGCACAAGCUCGACAUGAUCCGCCAGGGCGUCGCAUUCAACGGCAAGCGCACCAAGACGGCGCGGUCCCAGGGGAAGAAGUUCCAGGUGUCGAUCGAGCAGGAGGCGACGCGGCUGUUGGGGAAUCUGGGGUGGGCGUACAUGCAGCAGGGGAACUAUGUCGCGGCGGAGUCGGUGUAUCGGAAGGCGCUGCGCGUGGAGGCGGAUAGCAACAAGGUGUGCAACCUCGGCAUCUGCCUCAUGAAGCAGGCACGCAUCGUCGAGGCGCGCGCGUUGCUCGAGUCCGUGUCGCCCAACAGCGACCCGCGUUGGGGAUCCGAGUCGCACAUUAAGUCGUACGAGCGCGCGCAGAGCAUGCUCGUGGAGCUCGAGACGUCAGCGGCGGCGGCCGAAUCGGCCAAGGACGGCGCAGCUGCCAGAGCGGGCACCAGCGGCGGGGAGGACGCUAGCGCCAGUGACACGGGCGGUAAAUCCGCCGCCUCCGCCUCCGCGCCGUCCGCAGCACCCAGCGGCGAUGGGGUCUCGUCCGACAAGCUUCCGCAAGUCAAGCCCGCGUUCCGCGGCAUGUGUGGCAUGGGCAUGGGCAUGGGCUUGGCGCGCAGCUCGUUCCAACGGCACUCAUCGUACCUGUGCGAGUUCCUGGGUGCGCCCGACAUGUGGGACUCGCUCAUGGCGGACAGCAGCGCCGCCGGGGGGAAUGCAACGGCGGAAGGAGCGCCGGCAGCUCCGCAAGGUGCCGCAGGCGGCUCUUCGGGCAUCGCAGGCAUGCAGUCGCGGGGACCGCCGGAUGCGCCGCCGCCGCCGCAGCAGCAGCAGCAGCAGCAGCAGCGGCCGCUGCAGGCGCCAAUGCAGUGCAUGCGGAGGCCGCCAGCGACCGGCGGAAUGGCGCGGACGAUGAGCAUGGGCGCGGGGUGUGGCAACCCGCUUGCGCGCUCCAUGAGCUUCGGCGGAGCAGAUGCGCGCGGGGGCCUGUCGUGCCUCAAGCCCAACGCACCCGAGUUCAUGCCCGGGUCGUUCGGCCCCAUUCCGCCUCCCCCCGGCCACGGCUCCGCUCCGCCCUUCAUGCACGGCGCUCCGCCCCCGCCCCCCCCUGGCGACGGUCGGCGCACGCUCACCGCGUCGCGCUCGCUCCCCCCACUGCAGAUUCCCACGGCGGGGUUCGCGCUGGCAACGGCGUCGCCAUCACUCGUGUCACCGCUGGGGCCCAUGUCGAGCGGCUCGCUCUCGUGCACCUCUAGCUUCGGCGCCGCGUCGUGGGAUGACGGACUGAUGAUGUCAGCGUUCGAGAGUGACGACGACGUGCUCUGCGAAAUGCCCAACGACAGUUACCAGCCGUCUGCUGCGGCUAUCUCCGUUGCUGCGGGGGUCUGGGCAUCGCAGAAACCGCCCACUUCGGCGCACCUCGCUGCCGCAAUGCGCAAGGGCGGCGGAUUCCCCGCGCCCGGGCAGCGCGCGCUAUACAGGGGCACAGAGAACGUUCCGCAGUACAUGGUGGGGGGUGCGCCCAUCGGCGCGGGCGGGCCUGGCGCGCGGAGGCCGCUGGUGUUCGGGUGCGAGAACCCCGCGCCAAUGGCGGCGAAGGCGCAGAUGGUGGCGGGCGGGCUGAUGGGCGGAGGCAGCAUGGGCAUGCAGAUGGGCGCGGAGAUGGGCGGAGGGAUGGGCAUGACGACGGUCAUGGGCGAGCGCACGAACCUGGAGCCCCCCGCGCAGUUUGUGGGUGCAUGGGGGGCUGUGGCGCAGGGGAAGGGCGCGUGGGGACCCGCAUGGGGUGCUCCAGGGGAAGGGGGAAGCAUGGGUGAGGGGGAGAAGGGGAAGGAUCAGCAGCAGGCAGUGGCGGGGCAAGAGGUGGGGGGAUCGGGAGUGAAGAGGAACCGGGUGCCUACCCCAGUAAAGGCUGCUGCUCCCAAGGGAGAGAGAGGGGGCGACGCGGAGGGAGGAGACGCGAGUGGAGCGCAGGAGGGCGGGCCGGUGGUGCCGAGGGCGCUGUGGGAGAUGCUGGGGUUCACAGGCAGCCCUGACAAGCUGCUGCUGGAGGAGCUCAAGGCCACCGACAGCGCCAAGAAGCUGCUCGCCUCCGCUGGGUCUGCUGACAGGCAGCAGGGCAGCGAGCGACACACGCUGUUUGCUGACACUGCUGAUACUGUGGCUGCUGCAGUAGUGGGCGGUGCUGCUGCUGCCACCACUCUGACCAGCCCCACUGCAGGCAGCUCCCACUUGGAGGUCAAGAGACCCCGCCGCCUCCGCAUCUUCCAGGAAAUGACAUACUGUGUUCGCCAACACCGAGACGAUUUCUCGCCGACCUUUCUUGAUGUCAUUCGACCCGCUCUCCUCAGCACGAAAGCCGGCAGCCCUGGCGACAAGGUGCUUCGGUUCUUCAAGGCAUUCCUCGGCGUAUUGGUCGCAGAGGGAAGCGAGGGCGAACGGGAGAUGAUGGAGGAGCUGCUGUGCCUCUUCUCGCAGUACAGCGAGGCGCGCAGCAAGGCCGUGCGGGUCAACGUCACCAGAGUGCUCUCGGAGGUGCUGAAUUCGUUGCCCGGCAGCUUCAGUCUGUCAGCCGACGCCAUCGUGAUCAUCCGCGAGUUCUUGCAUUGCCGAAUGGACGACAAAAUCGCCGUCAUCCGCGCGUGGGCCGCCAGGGCGCUCAAGCGCAUGGUGACCUUCGAGGAGGACGGAGGAGUGGACGUGGACACGACCAUCGGGUUAUUCCGCGAGAAGAUGAAGACCGAGUCGAGCUCCAUGGCUAUUAGCGUGGUGCCUGAAUGGAAACACAUUCGGUUGCGCGUGGUGCAGGAGGUGCGCGAGGCGAUGGUGUGGUCGCUGCCGGAAUCCACGAGCACCAUUCCCGACAUUCUCGAGCGCACGGCGGACGUCAGCGAGCGGGUCAGAGCCGCGGCGUACAAGUCCUUCGCCGAGAGAUUCUUUCCCAUCGAAAGCUUCAGCAUCUGGCAGCGAGUGCAGCUGCUGUCGCAGGGUCUGGUUGACCGGUCGCCGACGGUGCGGUCGGCGUGCGUGGAGCUACUGUGUCGCGCGUGGCUGUCGCGCGACUGCGAGGGCGACCUGGUGCGACUGCUGCGACACGUGGACGUGGAGAGCCACGAGGCGGUGGCGGAAUCGGCGGUGCGGGAGGUCCUGCAGGCGCACAGCGCGGGGUGCGGCGACAUGGAGCUGGUCGUCCCUGAAGGGGGGCUGCGUGCCGCUGUCAAGCAGAUGUCCACUCCUGCAGAAGGCAAGUUCUUGGAGGAAAUGUUAGGAGCCGAGACACAUACAUCGAACCAGGCUAGGGAGGUCGGAGGAGGCAGCAGCAGCAGGGCUGCUUACGACGGAGGAGGCGCUCUUUUGGCGCAUGCUGUGCCUGCACCUCUCCGCGCAGGCCAAUGUCAGUUCGCUCCUGCUCUUGCUUCUCACGUGCUUGCAUUUUUCCCACUUGCUGAAUUCGCGCUUGCUGUCGUUCGCCUUGAAGACGACGUGGGUCUGACGUUGCGUGUCCUCGUAUUGCUGCAGGAGAACGGAUCAAAUGCCGCAAUAUCCGCUGGCGCAGCAGCGGUGGUGGCAGCAGAAGCAGCGAGCGACCUGAACGCGCAGCUGGAGGCCCUGCUGCCAGCCACGGCGCAGGACUACCUGACGCUGCUGGAGACACACAUGCAAGCAGGGUCCGAGGGUCGGUUCGCAGCGCGGCAGCUGAUGCAGCUGGCGGCGGUGCUCGACUUCACCGACGCCACCAUCCGCGCGCACGCCGCCGCGCUCGUGCACCGCCACCUCGUCGGCGCGCAGCCGGCGCGCGAGGGGGCGGGGGAGGAGAGCGCCGAGGCGGAGGACGAGUGGGAGGAGGGCGUGGCAGACGGCAGGUGGGGCGAGGCUCUGCUGGGGCUGGCGCAGCGCGUGCACGCCUCGGAUGCUGACGUGCUCGCUGCUCUCGUCGACGCUCUGGCUGACGUCAGCAAGCCGAUGAUGGCGGGCGUGGCGGGUGUGGAUGGUGUGAGCGAGGGGCAGUGGCUGCGGUGCGUGGCGGCGACGCGCAUGGUGCUGCGGCUGUGCUGCAAGUCGGCAGGCGGCGGCGCGUUCAGGGCGUGGAGGAACCUGCGCGUGGAGCCGCAGGAGGCGCUUAACUGCAUCAUCGUCCCCGCGGUACGCGCGCGCGCUGCCCCACGACGGUGUGCACGCAUUCGCUGCACUGCGCCCGUGACUGCAUUCAUUCCCCGUGACCCGUGUGCUCAAACAUUAUUCCCCCUUCCUCCCUCCCCCCUCCUGUGCUGGCAGACGUCGCACCCGUCACCACUGGUGCGCGCUGAGGCCGUCGGCGCGCUGCACGCCUUCGCCAUGCUGCACGUGCCGUCCGCGCGCGCCCACCUGCCUCUGCUGCACGCCGCCGCGCGCGAUUCCGCGCACCCAGGCGUGCAGAUGGCGGCCGUGCGCGCCCUCGCGGACCUGCUGCUCUGGCACCGCCCCGCCGCGCUGCUGCCCGACAUCGCUGCGCCCGCCCUUAGCGACGAGGGCGAGGGGAGUGCGGUGAGCGGGUGCAGUGCGGGGGAAGAGGCGCAGCGCGCAGGAGGAGCGCGUGGAGGUAGGGUGGCGGAGGUGGCGGAGGGGAGCGUGGACGUGCUGGUGGGGCUGGUGCCUAUGGAGGGCGGGCAGGUGGACAUUGAGGGGGUGAGGGCGGACGUGCAGCGCGCAGGGCGACAGGCGGAGGGGGAAGACGAGGAAGAGGCGGAGGGCGUGGUGGGCGUGGUGUGCGAGGGGCUGAGCAAGCUGCUGCUGGCAGACGCGAGCAGGGCCACAGGGAAGGGCGCGGAGCGGGGGGCGGAGGGCAGGGUGGAGCGAGUGUUGCAGGUGCUAGUGCAGGUGUACCUGUGCCCGGGCGCCGCUGAAGACGAGCUGCCCAGGACACGUCAAAUGCUAGCAGAGCUGUUCAACCGAGUGGCCGUGCUGCCAGCCUGCAAGGUGGCAGCGUCACGUCUGCUGCUGCCAGUGUUGCGGCAGUUGUGGCCGCGCAAGGCGGCAGCAGCAGCGCGGCAGCCUGCAGUGCGUGCCUCGCAGCUGCUGCUCUCCCUCAUGCUCGCUCAAGGUGCCCACGGGGUCGUGCCGCCCAAGCAAAGUGGAGAGGACGAGGCGGAGGAGGGAGAGGAGGAGGCCGAGGGAAGAGCAGCAGGUGGUGGUGAUGGUGAGGGCGAGAAGAGUGGAUUGGGUGAGAGCAGCCGCGUGGAACAGCCAGCGGUGGGCUUCGAGUCUCUGGCUCUCAAUCUUGCUGCUGAGGUGCAAUCCUCCCCACUGGCCACGUCAGGCAGUGCGAGCGGGAGGGCGUACAGCGCGCAUCUGGUGCAGCUGCUGGUGGAGGUGCCGCUCAGAGCCUCCCAGCAGGACGACGUCAAAUGCCUGCGCUCGCUGCUCCCCAUGGUGGCGGAGGCAGUGCAGGGGCAGCGUGCGGCGCAGCGGCUGGUGGAGCAGCUGGCAGCGCGGCUGAGGUCGCUGGACGCCACUCCGGACGAGGAGCUGCCCCUGGAGCGCCUGGAGCAGUUGCUGCAGCGCGUGGAUGGUGAUGCAGCAAGUGCGUCAGAGGCAGGGCAGAGUGGUGCAUCGACCAUGGAGGGAGGCUCUCCGCCAGGCAGGAGGCGACGAGGCAAGCCGCCAGCGCCAGCCCGCCGCACCUCCCCCUUGUGCAGCCCCAACCCCGCCACACCGGUGCAGCGUUCUGCUCGCCCCUCACGGCAGUGCAAGGCAGUGGCCAACAGCCGCCUCAAGCAGCAGCUGGGAGGUCACAGCAGCGCCGGCAGACCCGCGGUCGGCGAGGCAGCGGUUGGGGAGAGUGAGGGAGUGGAUGCAGGGGAGGGGGUGGAGCAAGUGGGUAGGGAGGGACAGAGCACGGCAGCAGAUGUGCCGCCUGAGGCUCACAGCAGUGGGAGUGAGGAGGAGAGCGAGAGCAGUGAGAGUGAGGAGUAUGGGAGUGGAAGUGAGAGUGGAAGCGAGGAGGAGUACAGGGCGUCAGUGGGCAGACACCAGAGGGGCGCGCGGGCACAGGAGCAGACUAGUGGGCCACGGCGAGUGGCGUCCGUGAUAGCUGCUGUGAGGAGGCGCAGGAGCAGCUGCAGCAGCAGUGGUGGUGGUGGUGGUGGCAGGGACGCGCCCAUCUCCAUCUCCACCGACUCUGACUCUCAAGACGUGAUCGAGGUGGUGGAGGUGGUGCCGGGGGUGGCAGGCACACACAGCAAGCGCGUGCAGCCCAAGGAGGAGGCAGAGAGCAUAUCUGAGGAGGUGGAAGAGGUGUUGGAGAAUGAGAGCGUGUGCAUGGCGGCAGGGCUCCACGCUGACAGCCCCAGUGUGGGCCGCACAGCACCAAGGGAUGACGCCUCCCCUGCAGCACGGGGGACGGAGGGCUCCCCUGCGGCGUCAGUGGGCAGUGACGCCACUUGCACCAAGGGCACAAGGGCGGUGAGAGGACGGCCGGGAACGCAGAGGGCAAGUGGGAUUGAGAAUAAGAAUGGGGUGGUGAGGGGGACGGCGGGCAAAAGUGGUGAUGUGCCAGUGGGAGCGGAGAGGCGGCAGCCUCUGGCACGUCGCACUGCCCAGUGA